AUGAUUAAUGAUAUAAAAACAUCCACCUAUUUAAAAUCAGCAUCAUCCACUCCUUUUUCAAACUCAUCAAAUUCUUCAUUCCCGUCAAGUACAACCAGUAAUAAUAAUAAUAAUAAUAUUAAUAAUAGUAACACCACUAUACUUAAGAAGAAAUCAUUACGAAGUUUAAAAUCAUCAUCCCCUUUAAAUCCAUCAAGUCAUACUACUCCAGGUCCAACCUCAUCAUCAAACAAUAACAGUAGUGGAUCCAAAGUGUCGUUUUUUAAGAAAAUUUCAAGUGAAUGGAAUUUCUUAUUAUUAAGAUUAAGAUCAAUAUCAGAAGAAGUUUUCACCAGUGACGAAUUAAUCGACGAUUUAUUUACUGAAGUUGAUGAAGAAGAUCAUUUCGAUCGUCUUAUGAGAAGUUCAAAAGGAUAUACCUCAAUGGAAGAGACUUUCUUACAAGAAUUUAAAAAAUUUAAAAGUUUGGAUAAAAUGGUAGAAUAUCAUCAACAACAACAACAAGGUCAAAAUCAAUCAUCACCUUCAAAUGAUGUGAAAUCAUCAACUACUCUUAUAAGUGAUAGUCAAACGAAAUUGAAUUAUACAUUACAAGAUUUCAUACGACAAAGUUUUACUCCUGAUCAAGAAGAAGCAGAUCAAGAUUUAAGUGAUAAUGAUGAAGAUAUUCUUGAUGACAUGGAUUAUAACGAUAUAACUUAUCAAGAUCUUGACUUGUAUAAAUUGAAACAAGAGUUGGAAAUUCAAAAAAAAUCAUUAAUAAACAAUAACCCCUCCGUCAAUAUCGGAGUCACAUUAUGGGAAUUUAGAAGACUGAAAUGGUUACAUAAUGCCAAUACACCUGCUAUACAGGAGAAAUUAAAAUCAAGAUUAACCCAAACCUCAAUCCUGAAUAUCCCUAGGGAUUCAUACGUUAAGAUUUAUAAUUAUCUUAUUGAUAAAAAUCGAGUAUUGAAGAAUAAUAAGAGAAUUAAUUUAUCUGAUUUAAUUAAAAUCAUUAAUAUUGGUUGGAUAGCUGAAGAAAAAUGGGAAAGAGCCGCUAAGGGAUUACCUUAA